UGACAUUCUACUUGAGAUGUAGAAUUCAAAUUGGAAGUGUGACACAGGCUAUAGGACAGGUUAUCAGACAUAUAUUGAAAAGAAAAUGAAUGAGCGAUUUCCUUAUUGUGGAUUGAAGGGUAAGCCACAUAUUGAAUCCAAAAUUAAGAUUUUUAAGAGACAAAUGGGAUAUAUUCUUGAAAUUCAGAAGCAAGUUAGUGGUUUUGGUUGGGAUGAUGCUACAAAAAUGGUAACUGGUGAGAAGGAAGUCUUUAUGGGAUGGGCUCAGGGAAAAGAUGGAGCUGUUGCUCUAUUUUGUAAACCGUUUCCUCUUUAUGACAAGCUUUGUGAGAUUUACGCCAAGGAUCGUGCCAGUGGAAGUAUGGUCAAGGGGCCCGGAGACGAUGAAGAAGGUGAUAAGAAUGAGGCUGAAAAGAAUGAUGAUGCUAUUAGCUCAACUCUAGCGAUUGGACAAUCAAGUGACCGAAGAGAUCGUAAGAGAAGAAGGAAAAUUGAAAAUGAAGAGCUAAGUGGGCUAGCCACUGCAUUGACAGCUUUGAUUGAUGUUGAAAAGGAGUCUACUUCAAUCAUGAUGGAUAUGAAGAAAUCAUUUUUACGAGAUGUGGAGAUAGGUGAGAAGAGAACUAACCUUUUUGGAGUAUUGAGUAAUUUGCAAGAACUGACACCAAUAGAAGUUGUCGAAGCUACCACAAUUAUUGGCUUAGAUGACAAGAAGGUGGAGAUAUUCUACAGUGUGCCGGAUGAGUCCAAAGUUAUGUUUGUUAAAUCUUUGCUAAAAUGAUAGUGUUGAUAGAUUUUAAAAAUAUUAUGAUGUAAAAUGGUUGAACUUUAGGUUAUACUUUCUGUGUUGGUAAAAAUGUAGGUGUGUUUUAAAAAAGUAUGAACUUGGUAGUCACAAAAGGAAUGGACUUUUUAUCGUAAUUUCUAUGCCUAAACACUAGCUAAUUUUCUCGGUUGAAGAGUACUAGUAUGGCUACUUAAUUGAAACUUGUUUGUAAUUGUCAAGUAUUUGCAGUGUAAAGAAUGCAUGAAGAAAAUAUUAUUAUUUGUAAUUGCAAGUCGAUGCAAUUGUC